AUGGCUGCUGCAGAGGCCAUCCCUGAGAAGAAGGUGAAAUUGGAGCGUAAGUCUAAAAUCCCCACUCUCGACCACCCUACUGAUGUUGUUGAAGCCCAGAUUAAAUCUGUCGACAUGAGCGAGGACAUGCAACAAGAGGCAAUCGAAGUCGCACAGGAAGCAAUGGAGAAGUUCAGCGUCGAGAAAGACAUUGCUCAACACAUUAAGCGAGAGUUCGACUCGAAAAAGGGCGCCACAUGGCAUUGCAUAGUCGGUCGAAAUUUCGGCAGUUUCGUCACCCACGAAACGAAACAUUUCAUCUACUUCUACCUCGGACACGUCGCCAUACUCCUCUUCAAGACGCAGUGA